AGACAAUAGAGAACAAAAGCAAAAACAAAGUAAAUAACAAAAUGAAGUGUUUGUGUUUGAUCGUGUUUCUAGCGUUUGUGAUCACACAAAGCUACAACGAUCUAGAAGUAGAAGCUGCGUCAAGUGAUGGUUUCGUGAGUAGGAAAGGAGUCCAGUUCAUUCUGAACGGUGAACCAUUUUACGCCAAUGGAUUCAAUGCCUACUGGCUCAUGUACGAAGCCACCGAUCCGAACACAAGGUACAAGGUCACACAUGCCCUUGAGAACGCGGCCGGUCAGGGUCUGACCAUCGCACGCACGUGGGGAUUCCGCGAUGGCGGUUACCGUGCUCUCCAAACCAACCUUGGUUCCUACGAUGAACAAACGUUUCAGGGUUUGGAUUUUGCGAUAGCCGAAGCAAAAAGAGUCGGUAUAAAAAUGAUAAUCGCAUUUGUUAAUAACUUUCCUGACUUCGGAGGAAAGAAACAAUACAUGGCUUGGGCUAAAGAUAAAGGCCAAGCCGUAACUUCCGAAGACGAUUUCUACACCAACGCUCUUCUUAAACAAGCAUACAUGAACCACGUCAAGACUGUGUUGAACAGAGUGAAUACAUUUACCAAAGUUGCAUACAAAGAUGAACCAACCAUUAUGGCUUGGGAGCUCAUGAAUGAGCCACAAUGCAGAGCAGAUACAAGUGGGAAAACCCUUACGGCCUGGAUUAGUGAAAUGGCUUCUUACGUAAAAUCACUUGACUCAAAGCAUCUCCUAUCUACCGGAUCUGAAGGCUUCUAUGGUCAAUCAACUCCUCAAAGAAUGACUUCUUUAAAUCCGGUUGCAGCCAACAUUGUUGGAAGCGAUUUCAUCGCUAAUCACAAUAUUGAUGCCAUUGAUUUCGCAUCCGUUCACUCUUACCCUGACACAUGGUUUCCUAAGUUAGAUGAGAAAUCUCUAUUGGACUACUUAAGAAAAAAUCUCGCAGGCCACAUCGAAGAUGCACAAAACGUUCUUAAAAAGCCUCUCAUUCUAGGAGAAUUUGGGAAACCAUCGAAUGCACCAGGCUAUACUCAGGCUCAGAGAGAUGCCGUCUUCACUACAGCGUUCGACAUCAUUUACGCGUCUGCCCAAAAAGGCGGUGCUGCUGCAGGAGCAUUGUUUUGGCAUCUUAUUAGCGACGAUAUGAGCAACUUCAGAGAUGCCUACUCCAUUUCACUUAGUGAAAAAUCUUCGACUAUUACUAUCAUUGGUCAGCAGUCACGAAAGAUGAAUUUGAUUGGUAGAAAAAGAAAGUCAGGUCGCAAACAAAAUUUGAUAUUUUAAAAGGUUAAUCUAUAAUAAUUUGAUCAUUUUAUUUUCAUUAUCAAUUGUAACAAAUAAGUUAAGUGACAAAAAUUAAAUUCAGUGUACACUGAAAUGAUAUCCAGUUCCUUAAUUUUUAUAUCCUAAACUUGUCUCAUGCCUUCACAGAAACAUACUCAUCAAACCAAAAUCAUGUUAAAAGAAGAUUAAGUAGCUUAACUACAUACGAUUACUUCAAUAUUUUAAGAUGAACAUUUUAAAUUAUGUUAUGGAAUUAGAUCUUAAGUUGCAUCAUUCAAGCACAUGUCUAAUCUCUUUAUAUAAGUUUUGAAGUCACGCAAAUGCCUAACAUCUUCAAUUGAAUCAUUCCAAUACAUGCCUAAGACACAUUAGUUCUUGUGUAGAAAAAUCUCACAUCCAAUUUCCUCUAUGGAAUGACCAGUUCAAUUUUAAAAACACAUAUGCUUAAACAUACUCAUUAAACCAGUGCACUGAAAUGAUAUCCAGUUCCUCAAUUUAUAUAUAACUUCCUAAACUUGUCUCAUACCUUCACCUAAGCAUACUCACUAAACCAAUAUUAUGUUGAAAAGAGAUUAAGUAGCAUAACUAAGGUUACCUCAAUAUUUUAAGAUGAACAUUUUAAAUGAUAUUAUGGAGUUAGAUCUUAAGUUGCAUCAUUCAAGCACAUGCAUCAUCUUUUUCUAUAAGUUUUGAAGUCACACAAAUGCCUAACAUCUUCAAUUGCAUCAUUCAAAUACAUGCCUAAGACACGUUAGUUAUUGUCUAGAAAUAGUCUCACAUCCAAUUUCCUCUAAGGAUUGACCAGUCCAAUGUUAAAAAUACAUAUGCUUGAUGCCCAUUGUCCACGUCAAACAAGUAAUGGUUCUUAUACAAAUUUUUAGAUCAAUUUCAAAACGAAAUUUAAUUGUCAUUAGCGCAAUUAUUUUUCAAACGUUAUUUAAUUUCACUAUUUAAUGCUACAAGUCUGACUUCAAAACAAACAGAUAUGCUUCAAGUCUACAACUAAAUAGGUAUUAGUGUAUGUCAAUUCUUUGUUGAUCAUAUGAAUAAACUUAAUUAUAUAUUGUGAUACUCUUAUGUAUCUUAUUUUAAUUUCUCAUAUUCUACCUCUUCUAGGCCCACUACUAUGAUUUAUCAUUAUAUCUAUUAAAAUACAAUUAGAUAUCCUAUCAUUAAAUGUUCAUGGUCACUUAUGGUACAAUAUCUUGAUUAAAAGAACGUUAUGAGUUACUUAUCUUUUGUGAGGAACAAAAGGCAAAAUAUGUCAAUAAAUUACUCACGUACAUGUAUGUUAUAUUCGAGAAUUUAGACAAUACUCACUAUGCUAUGUUCAAACAUUUAUGUUAUAAACAUAUUUAAGUUGUAUCAUUAACAAAUUUUAAAAUUGUUAACUCUAGUAUGAUAACUAUGUCUACUAUGAACUUGUCACGGACUAAAAUUAUUCAAAUUCUUAUUCUAUACAUUUAUCUAAAUUAAAAGAAAUGAACAUUUUAUGACCAAAGAAAACAUUCAUAGGGUAUUUUAGCAUACCUGAAAAUAACUACUAGAAGAGAUAGCCAAAACAAAAAUAUAAACAUUUUUAUGUUUAUCAAGGUUGGCAGCAAUCAUAAUUUCAACAGCCAAAAGACUGUCUGAAAAGCUGAAGAUGUCUUAAAAAAAGUUUGGUUACACUGACCACAUGCAAAUACUCUACAUAAUAAAACCAUAGAGCAAAUAGACUCCAUUUCUUGUUCUUCUCGACCAAAAUAUCAGAGAUGAACACAAACAAACUGUGCAUUCUGUUGAGUCUACUGCUUGUGUAGGACUGAUGAUACUAUUGUGUGGUGGAGGCACAAUUUAAAACCAAGUGGAGCUAGAGAUUUUUUUUUCCUAAGUUUGUUUAAAUUUUUAUUUUUAUUUCUUUAAGUUUGUGUUUGUUAUUUCUAGUUAAGAUUUUAUUUAUGUUGGUAUUUGUUUGUUGCUAAGUUAUGAAAAUGGGUAAUUUAGUGACUCAUUAAAUAAAACAGAAUCAAACAAAAUUAUGAACUAUGGCCCAAAGUUGACUCAUUAUUGGUCCAAGCAUUGCUUGGUGAGUUUAAUGGUUAAAUCAGACGUAUCCUAUAAAUGGUUAAAAUCGGUCUCUCAAUUCAGUCAUGUUGUGUGGACACUUUUAAUUUUCAUUCGGAACCAUACUCAUCUUCUAGAAAUCUUCCUCUCCUUCUCUGAGAUGAUCAUCAUUUUUGUAAAUUUGAUUCUUUGUAUGAGAUUUCUCUUUAUGGAGAUAAAGGAUCUGAGGAUGAUCCGCAUACACUCUAACUUAAUUU